UCCUAUAUACCACCUUAUGUUGGGCUGCUGCCGUCUCUCUGCGACUCUACCGAGAACUAAAACCAUGGAUCACAUUAGCACUGCUCUACGCACGUUCUCUUCUCCUCUUUCUUUGUCGCGACUAUCUGCUCUUCUCAUCCGUGCCACCCUCACCUGCGUCUUCGCCACAGUGGGAGUGCUCUUGGGAGCCCUGGCCGGCGCCUUGAUCGGCGUAGCGACCGCGAGCGGCGUGGUACGUGGAAGCAUCAGUGGAGCCAUCUCCGGAGCGCUUUCGUCGGUGGAGGUCGUGGAAGACUCUCUUGCUAUAUGGCGAAACAACGGGUCCGGACAAUGGAGCAUCUUGUACUUGCUGUGUGCUCUGAGCGCGCCCUUCUUGGAGGUUCUUGACGACAUCUUCGAGGCUGGCGGCGGUGGCACGAAAGGCAUGCCCAAGGCUUCCGUCGACAAGCUCCCCAAGAUCAACAUCCAUGUGGAGGACUGUGUGGAUGCAAGGAGCGAAAGCAUCAGCUGUGCAGUCUGUCUUCAGGAGUUUCAAGCAGGCAUAAUUUCUCAGAAGCAUACUUGGUACAGUAGGCAAUGUCUCUAUGUAUAAAAUCUUGAAUACAAGGUUGUUCUCCACAUUGGCUUUCUUCAAGCCAUGCUCAUGUUGCAGUGUUUCAGCAAUAGAACAUGUAUGAAUGAUCCGUACAAAACUGACCUUCUGCUGUGCUGCAGAAAGUGAAGCAUUCAAGAGGCAGAGAAACAGUUGUCUCAUUUCAUGCCUUAAAGAGUCUGAGUCUGCUAUGCUAUA